AAGGAGCGGAAUAUCAAGCAGCUUGGGGCGAACAUCUUUCACCGUGUAUCGCAAGAGGGCAGGCAGCGGGCGUAUCAAGUUUCCGAAGAAGCAAGAGGCGUGAGACGGACGCCCCGCGCGUUAUAAUAGACUGAGGAGCCCGCAUUUCCCAAUGGCAUCGGUGCUCUGCUUCAGAACCUCUUCUCUCGUCUCUUCCUCCGCCCUCCGCCGCCGCCUGCCGCUGGUUGGGGCGUUCUGCGUGCUCACCUUUGGCCUCUCCAAUCUCUCCGCCACUCUCUCCUCCACAUUCAAAACGGGUUGUGCUCAAUCUCUACCCUUCGCUCCUCUUUUCCGAUCAAAGUUUGGCAGCCAGUCUCAGGCCAAAAGCACUACUACUAUCAGAAUGGCAGGAAGCAGCACCACCGUCCCAAGCAUAGUCGUCUACGUUACCGUCCCAAACAAGGAAUUAGGAAAGAAGCUGGCGGAAAGCCUUGUUAGAGAAAAACUUGCAGCUUGCGUUAACCGAGUACCAGGUAUUGAGUCGGUGUAUCAGUGGAAUGGAGAGGUCCAAACAGACGCUGAGGAGCUUCUUAUAAUCAAGACAAGGGAAUCCCUUCUGGAAGCUCUAACAGAGCAUGUCAAGGCAAAUCAUGAAUAUGAUGUGCCAGAAGUAAUAGCCUUGCCCAUCAGUGGGGGAAGUAUCCCGUAUUUGGAAUGGAUCAAGAACAGCACAAGGGACUGACUGAAGCUGCGGUGGACUCCAUAUGAUAAAAGUUCUCAUAGGCUUGUAUCUGCAUAUGGCCGGGCAAACUCUCUCUCUCAUUCUCUCUCUCUCUCGCCUGUAUAAAUUUCCCAUUUCUUUUGCCCCUGUGUUAUCCUUGUAGUUUAACUUUGGUGUACUGAGAAUCUCUGUUAUAAAUGUUGCUUCUGGUUCUUUGGCA